UAGUUCCGUUCGUUUCUCCAUUGUCAAAUCCUUUUGUAAAGUGUCAUCCUUCUUUGCGUUUUACGCCAUUGCCAUUGGUCACGUCUCCUUUAGCUUUGACUGCAAAUCUCGCGCACGCCAAUGGUCAAUCUUCUUCUCCUCUCAAACUAUAUUCGUUGGUGGGUCAGAGUUGAAAUUUGAAAAGGAGGUUCCUUUCUCCGAUUUCAUUGUCGUCUAUUAAUCGCAGCUCUUUUUCUUGAUACGUCGCAAUACUUGCCUGUUUGUUUGGGGAUGGACUGAUUGCUUGCCAUGGAAAUGGAUCGGGAAUCUGGGAAAUUGGAACAGAUUGUUUCCCAAUUUCGUUCCAAGAUCUUGCACGUUAUUUUGGACUCCAGGGUCCCUUCUCUUCACCGCCAACAGCAAGAAUCGCUUUCUCUUUCUCGGGUGAGAAAGACCGACAAAUGGUUCAAUUUAGUUUUGGGAGAUCGUCCCCCGGCUCUGGAGAAUCUCAAUUUCUCCCUUAGGAAUCUCUUGGAUCCUAUGGUAAUCGACAUAAUACUGAUUCGCCAUGGCUCUUGUUCCUCAUCGGUGGAUAACCUCUACGCUCCGUCGGCUGCAGCUGCUGGCCCUUCGACUGAGACUGUUAUUGAAAGAUGGGUUGUUCAAUACGAUUGCCCUCGGGUUUUUGCCACUCCUAGUGGUGCUGAUGCUGCUGUUUUUUACAAGAAGAUUUAUAAGAAGUGCAUCUUACUUUUGCGAUCUCUUUACUCGCAAAUGAGGCUUCUCCCUGCAUAUAGAAUCUGUAGGCAGCUAAGUUUGUUGAGCCAAACGUAUAAUUUCGAUCUUGUUUACAAGGUUUCAUCGUUUAGUCAUCCAUUCUCUAGGGAAGAGGAGGAUGGAAUGAAAGAAUAUAGCUUUACUCCUGUUGAGGCUCUUCCAGGCUGCUUAUGUGUGUCCGUGACCUACCGUGCAACUUUAUCUGAUUUCAACCUCGAACCUUUGGUGUCUUUGCCCCCAAAGAUUAUAACAGACUAUGUUGGUAGCCCUACCACGGAUCCUAUGAGAUCCUUUCCUUCCUCGAAGACGGGUGCUCAUGCUACAUCCUUCCCAUCCACAGGACUGCGACCUCCAUCUUCAGCUCCAUUUCAACGCCCGCACAGCUGGUCUAGUGGCUUUCACCGAGGAUUCCCUCCUACAAAAACUCAAUCUCUUGCAGGAUCUCCACCUGCAUAUUGUACAUCUCGCAAGCCAUAUGAUAUUACAUCUCCGCCUACUGAUUUAUACGGUAAUAGAAUUCAAAAUCAUAGAGUGUCAACUCUACAACAGGCUACUGCUUAUGAUGAGUAUAAGCUAUCACCCCCAUUCUCAACAUCUGCUUCCCCAUCAACUCCAACAUACUUAUCUGGUGCUAAUCCUUUGCUUACUCGUCAUUGUUCUGAGACUGCCCCUGUAACCAUUCCACUAACUGGCAGGAGUACUAGAUAUCUUUCUUCUAACUCAUCUGAUCCAAAUAGGCAUUCCCUUCCUCCUUUGUCUCCUAGAAGCUCAAAGCAUGACGCCUCAUCUCAAGAAUCUCCAUCUGGGAUUCGAUCGUACAGGAAAAUAGAAGGUCUACGGGCCGGAGAGUCUCCUUCUGGCUUGUCAAAUCUUUAUUCCGCACCAAAGGUGGUUAGAGAUAGUAAAGAUGACUCAGGUCGAUUCUCGGGAUUGCUAUCUUCUAGUGGCUCACCACGUAUUGGUUUCUCUAGAAGCUCUAGUAGAUUAUCUUUCCAGGAUGACAUAGAUGAUUGUGAAUUCUCUUGCCCUUUCGAUGUUGAUGAUGUCGAUGUAUCUGAUUCAUCUAGUCGGAACACAGAGAGCAAAAGAGCUUCAGAAUUCACUGCACAGUCAAAUCUGGUUGGUAAGAAAUCACAAGAUGCUGCUGUUGGCAUUCUCGUUCACAUGCUCAGAACGGCACCACCUCUCCGGCAAGACUCGAGUUGUUAUUCGACUCAUUCGUUAAAGACUGAAUACGAUGGAGGUGCUGGUGUCGCUUCUGGGUUUUUUCUGCCGCGUAAAACAGCAGAUGCGCUCGAGGAGCUCAACAGCUACAGAGAAAUGAAGGAUCUACUACUAUCAAAGAGUGCAACUCAGGCUGUUCGGAAAGAGGGAAAGAAGUAGCUCUGGAUUGAAGAUAUGAUCUCAUACGGCUGGCAACUGGUGCUGAAUACAACAGCCGCUAAUGCAUCAUUUUAGCUUAAAAUUACGCAUUAUGUAUAUAAUUUAAAUAGUUGCUACAAUGGAGUUGGUCAUUAGAACACA